CGUUGUGUGAAUGUGUAGAUAGGUGACCAGAGGUCACGGAAGGCUUCAAAUAGGCCUCACAAUUUCAGAUAAUUUCAGCAGUAGACUGAUGUGCCAUAACAGAUGAUAGAGUGCAUUCUGAAAGUAUUCAGACCCCUUGACUUUUUCCACAUUUUGUUACGUUACAGCCUUAUUCUAAAGUUGAUUAAAUUGUUUUUUCCACCUUAUCAAUCUACACACCAUAAUAACAAAGCAAAAACUAGUUUUUAGAUUAUUUAGCAAAUGUAUUACAAAAAACUCCUAAAAAUAUCACAUUUACAUAAAUAUUCAGACCCUUUACGCAGUACUUUGUUGAAGCACCUUGGGCAGCGAUUACAGCCCUUGAUGCACAGAUAGUUUCAGGUCUCUCCAGAGAUGUUAGAAAUGGUUUGAGUCAUGGCUCUGGCUGGCCACUCAAGGACAUUCAGACACAUAUCCCGAAAACAUUCCUGUGUUGUCUUGGCUGUGUGUUUAGGGUUGUUGUCCUAUUGGAAAGUGAACCUUCACCCCAGUCUGAGGUUCUGAGUGCUCUGGAGCAGGUUUCAUCAAGGAUCUCUCUGUACUUUGCUCCGUUCAUCUUUCCCUCAAUCCUGACUAGUCUCCCAGUCCCUGCCGCUGAAAAACAUCCCCACAGCAUGAUGCUGCCACCCCCAUGCUUCACCGUAGAGAUGGUGCCAGGUUUCCUCCAGGCGUGACGAUUGGCAUUCAGGCCAAAGAGUUCAAUCUUGGUUUCAUCAGACCAGAGAAUCUUGUUUCUCAUGGUCUGAGAGUCCUUUAGGUGCCUUUUGGCAAACUCCUAGCGGGCUGUCAUGUGCCUUUUACUGAGGAGUGGCUUCCAUCUGGCCACUCUACCAUACAGGCCUGAUUGGUGGAGUGCUGCAGAGAUGGUUGUUCUUCUGGAAGUUUCCCCCAUCUCCACAGAGGAACUCUGGAGCUCUGUCAGAGUAACCAUCUGGUUCUUGGUCAACUCUCUGACCAAAGCCCUUCUCCCCCAAUUGCGCAGUUUGGCCAGGUGGUUCCAAACUUCUUCCAUUUAAGAAUGAUGGAGGUCACUGUGUUCUUGGGGACCUUCAAUGAAGCAGAAAUGUUUUAGUACCCUUCCCCUUAUCUGUGCCUCUACACAGUCCUUCCUCGGAGCUCUACGGACAACUGUCAACUUUGGGACCCUAUAUAUGACAGGUGUGUGCCUUUCCAAAUCAUAUUCAAUCAAUUGAAUUUACCACAGGUGGCCUCCAAUUAAGUUGUAGAAACAUCUCAAGGAUGACCAAUGGUCUGGCCACUCUACCAUAAAGGCCUGAUUGGUGGAGUGCUGCAGAGAUGGUUGUCCUUCUGGAACUCUGUCAUAGUGACCAUCGAGUUCUUGGUCACUUCCCUGACCAAGGCCCUUCUCCCACGAUUGCUCUGUUUGACCGGGCGGCCAGCUCUAGGAAGAGUCUUGUUGGUUUCUAACUUCUUCCAUUUAAGAAUGAUGGAGGCCACUGUGUUCUUGGGGACCUUCAAUGCUGCAGAAAUGUUUUGGUACCCUUCCCCAGAUCAGUGCCUUGACACUAUCCUGUCUCGGAGCUCUACGGACAAUUCCUUCAACCUCAUGGCUUGGUUUUUGCACUGUCAACUGUGGGACCUUAGAAGGACAGGUGUGUGCCUUUCCAAAUCAUGUCCAGUCAAUAGAAUUUUUCCACAGGUGGACUGCAAGUUGUAGAAACAUCUCAAGAAUGGUCAACGGAAACAGGAUGCACCUGAGCUCAAUUUCGAGUCUCAUAGCAAAGGUUCGGAAUACUAAUGUAAAUAAGGUAUUUCUGUUUGUGAUUUUUUUUAAAUUUGCAAAAAAAUCUAAAAAUCUGUUUUCGCUUUGUCAUUAUGGGGGAUUGUGUGUAGAUUGAUAAGGAAAACAUUUAUUUAAUCUAUUUUAGAAUAAGGCUGUAACGUAACAAAAUGUGGAAAAUGGGAAGGUGUCUGAAUACUUUCCGAAUGCACUGUAUGUGGUGAAAGAUCCUAAAGAGACAGACAGUGCCUUGUGAGUCCAACAUGGUCCUCCGCUUCAGACUGAGACUAAUCAUCAGGUCACCUCUCUACAUUCACCUUUGUGACAUUCAGGGACAGAAUUUCAAAAAUGUUCUAGCCAUUCUAUCGCCGUAACAAUGAUCACAUAAUGGUAUAGCGGGUGGAAGUCUGUCUUCUGCACGUCCGAAGCGUUGUAUCUAUUAGAGGUAAGCCUAUGUUCUUAUUCUGUAGCAAAAACAUUACUUUUACACCCUUUAUCAAGCCUCCACAUUCAGAACACAUUUUCACACAAUGUAUGUAGGACUACUGGCUGCAAUUGUAGAUAUGGUGACAGUAAUGGUCAGAAUGGCACUGAUGAACAAUGAUGAUGAUGACAAUGAUCUCUAGAGGCAUUGCUUGCUGCAAGCAUUUGCUUAAGUAUGUUUUUGUGAUUUGCACUGUGUUUUUGGUCUGACUGUUCUUUUGACAGUAUGAUUAAAAAGGACCAAUACACCGCUACACUGUGUUCAUUUAUGUGCUGAUGAGGUGUUUACAAUGUGUGAGUGAAAAGUGAUCAGAGUGAUGUUGACUUCCACCAUGACAAAACUGGGUCAAUGUAACCCCACCCCCCUCCACCACAGGCUACGAAGGCAAGGCUGAAAAAGGGAAAAAGAUGAGGAUGCCAUCACCAAGCUCUGUGCGUGGACGUAUGCAUGUGGAAAACGCAAGCAUGGUGUGCUUUGUCUAUGGGUCACUAUGUGUGUUGCUUGGGAGUGAAUAAUCAUUAGUGCCUUUUGCCAUGUAUCUUCCUCCUGUCUAGUCUGUGGUCUACCCUGUCACGUCAUAUUCUGUCUUUAUAUCGCUGUCCUCCCGUCUCUCUAUUUCUCUCCCAACCUUUCUCUCUCUCGUUAUCUCUCUGUACUGCCCUGUCCCAGAGAAUCUUCUUUAAUGCAACAAAAAAAGCUCAUUAAUGGGUUUUGUCAUCGUAAGUAGCGCUUAGUAUAUGACAAAAGUCUUUAGUACCAAUGAGAAUUAGGCAUCAAUUUUACUGUCUUUAUUUAAAGGGUAGAAAAACAUGAUGAUAAUAAUACAAUAUCUAAAGCUUUACCCAAAAUGUCCUCUCUCCUCCAGUCUUUAUUCAAGUAUUUCAUGACGAAGUGCUUAUUUAUAGGUUACGACACGUACAUCGAUGGUCAUUCAGUGCCUGUGGCAGUAACAGCCAGCUCUCUUGUCUGUUUUGCUAUGGUAAAGGGCCUUCUCUAACAGGGAGAUAUAUUUGUCUGUUUAUUUGGUUCUACCUCAUUUCUUCAACCAUUCGAUUGAGCUAACUUCAAUUUCAACAAAAUGUUCUUAAAACAGUGGUCUCUGCCCUGUUUUGGCAAAACCAUAAAGGCUGUAUUUUGGUCUUUUGGUUUUGAUUUCAUUACUGUGUGUUUUUGCUGUAUUUUCUUUCCAAAUCCAAUGGAUUAUAUAUGUAUAUUAAAUAUGCUUCGCAUAUUCUUCUGAUCGUUCACUACGGUGGUCGGCAGCAGUAGUCAAGUAAUAGUCACGGGAUGUGUUCUUCUUGAAUUCGAACUCUGCAACAAUUUACAUUAAAUGGCUUUAUUAUGUGUUAUCUAUAAGGGAAUAACACAUGUAAAUACCUUGUGUACUAGGUAUGUAUAGAGACUGUUUCAUAGUAUUGCCCAAAGAGCGUUUUGUUCAAGAUUAAACCAAAAGCAAGAGCAAACGUGGGAAUUGUCCAUAACACCAUACUCCAUACCUAGUCUGUUGCAAGGUAGUUACAUAGCUUAGUUGUUCCACUGGUCAUUACUCUGGCGUAGGACAGAUGUGAUGUAAAUGUGGCUUCAAAUUCAAAGAUUUUAAUGAUGUUGAUGCCAACAGUCAUUUAAAAAUGUUAGCGGAAUACAAUCCUGACAUUGUGUCUCUGUUUCUUUCUCCCCUACCUCUUACACACACACACACAGCUUUGCGUAGACCCAGAUGCCUCCACUCCCUCUUGACGAGCGCAUAGUGGUUAUUCAGCGCCCUAAAAACUUGGCCCUACCUGGGUCCUCCCCACAGCCCCACUCCCAUAUAACAGCCCAUAGCAACAAACUUCUCUCCCGCCCUUCUCAUCCCCAUCCUCCUCAGUCCUACCCCAAUCCUCCCUCCUCGAACUCACUGUCUUUGGAAUGCAAGCGCAGGUCAUCAUCCCGUCUGCAGAAAACCAAGGUCGACAAGGCCAUUGUCUCAGAGGGUACCAGACACACCCCUAGCCACUGUCACAGCAACGGGACAGUGACUCUUGGCCCUAGACCACACCAACACACACAUACGAUCGACAUCAAGUUAUCUGUGAACAAAGGAACAAAAGGAGGGGGGCACAGCAACUCUUUAGUUCGCAGUGGUAGUGUGAAGGGGAGCAAAAAAAGGGUUUCGUUGCGCUUGGAUCCAGGAUACGGGGAGAAAAACACUGGAGGAACAUCAGGGAAGCCUGGAGGAGCAGUGCAGCAACUCCAAAACCAUCCACAGAACCAGAGACAGGCCUCACCAGGCAGUCACCAUCAGAAUCAUCUGGCUGUGUCCCCGGGAGGAGUCUUAGAGUUUGUCCCAUCUCAGAGACAGCAGUCCAAGUCCAGAAGAGAGAAGGUGCAGAACGUGUCCUCCAAAGUCUGCUCUGCCAGCUUCCCCCCCAGAGGUGCCCGGGAAGUACCCUACGUGGGUAACAAAGAGAAUUCCAAACUGGGACCUGUCCAUCAAAACCCCAACCCCCACAGCCUGCCCGGCCACCACAACUCUGUCCCUGUGCCCCAUGCUGCUGUUCUAAACUCCCACUACCCUGUCCCCCCUCCCUCCCACCACCCCCGUGCUCCUACCUCGUUUCAGCAACCCCUCAACCAGCCUCGUCCAUCCCGCGGCAGGGAUCAUCGUCCUCAGAUCCUCCACGGCCUACCCCUCUCCCCCUGUUUCUCCCGUGGAGGUUUCCCCAGCCCAGACCACACCUGUACCAUCGACUUUUCACAUCCCUUCAGCUGUGGCUGUUGGAAGCUGGUCCGCUGCAGGGGGGGCAGGGGACGUUCUGCUGGCUGCCAGAGGGGUAGGGGGAGUCCGACUUCCUCUUUCUCCUGUGGCCACGGCCACGGGGUUGUAGGUGUGAACCACAGAGGGGGCGCAGCAAUGGGAUUAAGAACUCUUGGGGGAUGUUUGUCCACAGCCUCCACCACCAACACUUCAUCCUCCAACAGCACUGUGUCGGACUGCCGCACGGGCUUGCUCAGACCCCUGCGAUGUGCCUCCUGCUCCGGGGAGGCUGGCGCCUUUGAGAGUCCUGCUGCAUUCCGCAAAAAACUGGUGGGGGGAUGCCUGCCCUGUACCCCACUAUCCUCCUCAGCCCCGCUGCGAGCCUUACAGAGUUGUGUGAGUGGCUGCAACCCCAAAGCCAGUCAGGCCGGCAGCUCUACCUGCAGCUAUUGUAGCAGCGACCCUAUAGUUGUCACCUUCAACCCCCGUCGGGGCAGCAAGCCCCCUGGGAUGGGCAGGGGUGUAGGGGCAGGGUCCCCCAUGGGAGUAUUCCCCGCUGAUGAUGAUGAUUACAGCGUGCGCACAAUCUGGCCAGAGGAGCUGGCGAAAAAGAUGACCAGGUCUAAAACCCAACAGAACCAGCAGAGCUGUGCAGGGAUGGGGAUGGGAGUGGGGAAGACAAGUGUGGGUCAGAACCAAAACAGCAGCAACGGAAUCAGCCCUGUCACCCUGGACUGUAGGAACCUAUUGGAGUUCACCCGGAAUCAGAUAACAGACCACGCUGGCCGACGCCGGCUUCAGCAGGGCAAGAUGGCCGUCCUAGAUUUUAUUGGGUCUGGGCCUGGGCGAGAUCCAGACCAGGACUCCCUGAAGAGGCUCUGGAACAAAGGUGGGGAGUCAGGAAAGGUGGAUGGCAUGGGGCAGGAAGGCAAUAUUACAUACCCUCGCACCCCUUCCCCCAGCACCCCCUCUCCCCAAUCCCCUCCCUCCUUCUCACCCCCACCGUCAGCUCCCAGCACUCUCCUCAAACCCAAACCCAGACAGAGAGAUGCAGACGGACGCCAUUCCCUCCCCUCCGCCCAGUCCCUCCACCUGGUCCUCAACUCACUCAACAGAGAGCAGGACGAAGAGAGUGGCAGAGUGCACCUCACUCUGCCACUCUCCUCCUCGCUACCGGCUUCCCUGUCAGAUGAGAAUGGGAUGACCCCUGACGUGGAGAAUGCGGUGGUCAGCCCCAUCCUACCCUUCCUCUUCCUGGGCAACGAGAGGGACGCCCAGGACCUGGACCUGCUGCUGCGUCUCAACAUCGGCUACGUGGUCAACGUCACCACACACCUGCCCCUCUAUCACCUCGGCUCCGGCCUGGUACGCUACAAACGGCUGCCGGCUACCGACAACAGCAAGCAGAACCUACGACAGUACUUUGAGGAGGUGUUUGAGUUCAUCGAGGAGGCUCACCAGAGUGGGCGAGGAGUGUUGAUUCACUGUCAAGCGGGCGUGUCCCGUUCGGCAACCAUCGUCAUCGCCUAUCUGAUGAAGCACACCCUUAUGACCAUGACUGAUGCCUACAAGUAUGUGCGUGGCCGUCGUCCUGUGGUGUCUCCCAACCUCAACUUCAUGGGUCAGCUACUGGAGUUUGAGAGGGACCUCAACUCCGGGGUCACUCCUCGCAUCCUGACCCCCAAACUCAGUGGCCUGGAGACCCAGGUCUGACAGCGGGAUAUGAGGAAUGGAGGGGAGGAGGAAACCAGCAUUGGGCCAGCCAUAGUUUUGUGAAGGAGAAAUUAAAGGUAGAACAAUAAAGAGGGGAAUGCUGAUUGACAGAGUGUCCCUAUUGGCAUAGAUUAAGAAUAAAGUAUUGAAAUAGUGCACUUUCUAGAGAUUAUAGGAUAAAUCAUUUGAUUGGUUAACUCAUAAAUAGUCCCAAUUUUGGUCAACCUAAUCCUCAUCCAAUACCAUUUGUAAUUAUGUGCCAAGUUUUUAUAUAAUGCUUAGAUAUCAUUAUUUAACAUGAUCCACUGUAAUCAGAUGGCUCAUUUGAUGCUUGUGGUAUAGAGCAUUACAUAAAUUAAGGAGGUGCAAUGACUCCUGGUCUGACUCAAGGCUGUCAUUUACAAAAUCCAUAAUGCAUGCAGAACCAGAAACAACUAUAGUGACACCCCACCAUUCAGCUAUGACAACGAACACUAUCCAUAGCCCCAGAGAGGGCAUUCCAAUGCACUUUAUCAAUUUAUCAAUAUGUUUGGUCGUUUCAACUCGUGGCCCAGUCCCAGAGGAUAGCUGAUCUUGCCAUAUUGUUGGUUUAUUUAUAUUUUUCCCCACUGGGUCGGAAAUGUCUAAAUUACAUUUAAAAAAUGUAAAAUAAAUAUAUACGUAUAUAUACUGUAUAUAUAUAUAUAUACUGUAUCUUGGGAGUUGUGCAAUAGAGCAGCUUGUGGCUGGUGGAGGAGUGACCAAGGUUUAAUCGUGCCAAUUCUUAGGAAAAUGGGGUGAAACUAGAAACCUACAACUCAGUGAAUGAAACCAGAUCUUGUGCCAAUAGAGGGAUGGUCAAGAGCAACAAUACACAGACAACACUGAACAGAUUCAGCAGACUGUUAUUGAACAGGACUUAGUCAUGGAUCUAUCUAUGUUGUCUUUCCAACAGACAAUGGUUGGAAGGAUAUAAAAAGAUGAACACUGCAAAGUGUGUGCUUUAAUUAAGACACAAAACUGCACAAAGAUGUUGUUCUUUGAGUGCCCUCCUUGUUUGUGAAAUAUUUCUCCUGAACAUGUUUACUAUUGCAUAUAUACAAGUACAGAGUAUUUAUUUUUAUUGAUGUGUUUUGUCAUAUAUUUUGUGUUGUUUAUGUCACUGCUUAUAUUUUAACUUAAAGAAUAUGCAUUAUAUACAUGUAUGUAUUAAAAUGUAUCAUUACUGAGAAGGAAGUUGAGGAAAAAGAGGGAAUAUAGAAAAUACCCUUGAUUAUUUCUUGUAAUUGGGAAACAUACAGUAGGAAUGAAAAUCAGACUCGAAAGAUAAGAUAGAGGCAGCAGAGAGACAAUCCUUGUCAACUUGUCUUCCUUUCGUUUAUGGCCGAGAUAAUUAUUUUUUUAAAUGUUUUUUUAAACAAUACAUUUUUAAAGCAGUUGAUUUAUAUUAGACUUAUUCAAUGAAAUCCUUUGAUUGCCAAACUGAGGACUUUGAGGUCCUUAGCCAAACUAUUAGGUUGGGAAUGAAAAUAUAAUGCAAUGUUCAACUAUCCUAGUCUUUAGAUAGUAUCCAGGCCUUUAUCUGCCUUGUCUGUCUGCCUGUUUGUCUGCUCAUCUAUCUUUAUCCUCCACCCAUCCUAGUCUUGAGUUAAUUAGUUCUUCCUGAUCCGUUUAUUCCCUCAAGCUGUAUUCAGCUAUACCAUGUUACUUUGUGUAUAUCAUGCUCAGGAUAACGGAAAGGAGCAAUCCUUUGUAGCAGACAGAAUGAUACCUCUCUUACUCUUAUCUUCUGACGUGAUGUUGUAUCCCUUCUUUUGCCCUCCAGUGUCUGCUUUGUGCUCCCAUCUGCCUCUGUAGAGUUUGCAUCUCUUUUACAACAAUACUAUGCAUUGUUCUUGUUAAAAAUAUGGAUUUGAUCCGCGAAAACGAUAACAAAGCUUUAUCAUUGAGUUCACUGUGAAUCACACUCUUCCUGCAUAUUUUUUAGUUCUCAGCCUUGGUCCUUAGGUUUAAACCCAUCCAACUUGUAUUUAACACUGUGGGUUGUCAGUCGCCCCUCAGCUCCUGUCUGUCAGACUGUGGUUCCUGCUCACUAGUUUUACAUUUACUGAUCCUUAUCGCACAAUUUAUUCUGUGAUGCCCAGCCAAAUUUGAUCUAUUACAGUCCUGCUAUGUAUCAGAUUUUGAUAUAAACGGAACAAAAAUAUAAACACAACAUGCAACAAUUCCAUUUGAUUUUACGGAGUUACAGUUCAUAUGAGAAAAUCAGUCAAUUGAAAUAAAUUCAUUAGGCACUAAUCUAUGGAUUUCACAUGACUGGGAAUACCGAUAUGCAUGGGGCACUCUGUUCACAAUGUUGACAUCAGCAAACCACUCGCCCACACAACGCUAUACACGUGGUCUGCGGUUGUGAGGCCAGUUGGACGUACUGCCAAAUUCUCUAAAACAGCUUAUGGUAGAGAAAUUAACAUUCAGUUAUCUGGCAACAACUCUGAUGGACAUUCCUGCAGUCAGCAUGCCAAUUGCACGCUCCUUCAAAACUUGAGAAGUCUGUGUUGUGUGACAAAACUGCACAUUUUAAAGUGGCCUUUUAUUGUCCCCAGCACGAGGUGCACCUGUGUAAUGAUCAUGCUGUUUGAUCAGAUUCGUGAUAUGCCACACCUGUCAGGUUAUCUUGGCAAAGAAGAAAUGCUCACUAACAGGGAUGUAAAAAAAAUUCGGCACAACAUUUUUGAGCAAUAAGCUUUUUGUGCAUAUGGAACAUUUCUGGGAUCUUUUAUUUCAGCUCAUGAAACAUGGGACCAACACUUUAUAUUUUGCGUUUAUAUUUUUGUUCGGUGUAGAUUAUAUCAAUGAUCUCUAGUUGUUCCCACACACUAUUUUCUGAUUAUUGAUGAUGACCCCUAUAGAUGGUUGUUUCAUUUGAUUUAGGUGCAUUAAGGCCUAGUUUGUCCCCAACCUCAUACCAAAGGGUUCAGUUUGAUGAGGGAGCUCUGGGAUUGGUUAGACAAAACCUAACUCAUGGGUGGGUAUUGCUGCUGUAAAAAAUAACAGAAUAUAUGUGUAUUUAAAACUUGAACUUUUGUACUUGAGAUUAUGGCUUUCAUAUAAGUGUUCCCAAAGGAUUGAGAGGUUCACUCUUAAUCAUCCUAUGCCAUAAGUGUUUUGCUGUGAAGGCAUAAUUUCCCCCAACACAUUUUGAUUGAAAACUGCCAGUAGCCCCUUUUCCAGAUUUAUAAACACAUUUGGUAUAAAAUACAAGAAAUCUGAAAUCUGAAAACCAAGAAUGCCUUUGGGUAAGAUGUGUAUAGUUUGGUUAUCCAAAGCAAUGUAGCAUCCAUUCAUAUUAAAUUUGCAGUUGAAUAGUUUGAUCUCUAAAUACUUAAUUAAUUCUGGGAUUUUUCUCCUGCCUACUUCGUAAUUAUGUGUUGAUCUAUAUUUUUCUACAUUUCCAUUUGUUCAUGACGUACACACAUUUGUGUGUACAUGCAUCUUAGUGAGUUUUUGACUGUGGAUCUCAGUUUUGUAUGAGUAAAUGGUUCAUCAGUGCUUCUUCCAGUCAUCUCUACCAGGUAUUUACGAAAUAAUGACCUCUAGCUGUCCUCAGUCUUGCUCUGUAUUAUUCAAUCACGCAUCAGACCUCCCUAAAGGUGUGCUGUGUGUCAACACACCAUAUUCCACUGUGACAUCCACAAUGAGUUUCUAUUCCUGCUGUUCUUUUCAAUUUGAUCUGAAUGACAUCGUUCCAAUGGGAUCCAUUGUGAAUGAACCUUGUCAAAGUGAUGUAAAGCGGGUGUCCACACAAUUAUAUUGCAUUCAACUUUUACUUAAAAAAAAAAAGUUGGGUUUACCCAGCCCUCAAGCUGACAGACGCUUCUCUGAGGAACAAUUAUUAGAUCGUACAUUAGAUCAAGAGAAGAAAAAAGAACUGUAUAGACUUCACUUUAAUCUUUGAUGGCUUCUUGAACAUUCUCCCUUUAGUUCACGCAAGGCAAAAGGGAACAGUCUCAAUAUAUAUAACUCGUGAUGAGUAAAGAAUAUUCCAUUUGUAGUUUGCACAUGAAAAGAAACGCAAACAAUUUAAACAAUUAUUGCUUUGUUGUAUGACUUCCUUGUGUAAAUCUGUUAAUUGAUGAGUUGUGUGAAUUUACAUUUAUUCGUGUAUGUGUUUAAGGCUUGUUUUCUAUUGUUCUCUAAUUAGAGACAUCCUCCUUUAUAAAUGAUGAGGGUAAUAAAUGUCUAUAAGAUGUGGAAAACCUAUCAUUAGAUCUGUAGUGUUUUUAUCCUGUUGCUCUGCCUCCUUGGACAUCAAACGGUCAGUUCCGCUGGCCUCUAAUGACACUGCUGUAACCCUCUCAGUUUUCCAACCCAUUGAACAACUGAGCAGAUAAUACUAUUUUCAUUUUGUAAUAAUUGGGUUCCCUUCCAUGUAUGUACAGUUUUAUCUUCUUGUAACUUUUAUCAGUGAUUCUUUGUAUGGAGUGCACUGUGAUUAAUAAGAUGCUGCUACACUACAUGGCCAACAGUAUGUGGACACCUGCUUGCCGAACAUCUCAUUCCAAAAUCAUUGGCGUUAGUAUGGAGUUUGUCCCCCUUUUGCUGCUAUAACAGCCUCCACUCUUCUGGGUAGGCUUUCCACUAGAUGUUGGAACAUUGCUGCUAGGACUUGCUCCCAUUCAGCCACAAGAGCAUUAGUGAGGUCGGGCACUGAUGUUGGGCUUGCGGUUGGCAUUCCAAUUCAUCCCAAAGGUGUUUGAUGGGGUUGAGGUCAGGGCUCUGUUAGGUUCUUCCACACUGAUCUCGACAAACAUUUAUGUAUGGACCUCCCUUUGUGCACGGGGCAUUGUUAUUCUGAAACCGGAAAGGGCCUUCCCCAAACGGUUGCCACAAAGUUGGAAGCACAGAAUCGUCUAGAAUGUCAUUCUAUGCUGUGGCGUUAAGAUUGUAACUAAGGGGCCUAGCCCAAACCAUGAAAAACAGCCUCAGACCAUUAUUCUUCCUCCACCAAACUUUACAGUUGGCACUAUGCAUUGGGACAGGUAGCAUUCUCCUGGCAUCCACCAAACCCAGAUUCGUCCGUCGGACGGCCAGAUGAUGAAGCGUGAUUCAUCACUCCAGAGAAUGCGUUUCCACAAGUUAAACACCACUCCAGCCGACAUUUGACAUUGUGCAUGGUGAUCUUAGGCUUGUGUGCGGCUUCUCGGUCAUGGAAACCCAUUUCAUAACGCUCCCAAACAAUUCCUGUGCUGACGUUGCUUCUAGAGGCAGGUUGGAACUUGGCAGUGAGUGUUGCAACCGAAGACAGACCAUUUUUACGCUCUACACGCUUCAGCACUCAGCGGUCCUGUUCUGUGAUCUUGUGUGGCCUACCACUUCGCAGCUGAGCCAUUGUUGCUCCUAGAGGUUUCCACUUCCCUAUAACAGCACUUAUAGUUGACCGGGGCAGCUUUAGCAGGGCAGAAAUCUGACUAACUGACUUGUUGAAAGUCACUGAGCUCUUCAGUAAGGCCAUUCUACUGUCAAUGUUUGUCUAUGGCGAUUGCAUGGCUGUGUGCUCGAUUUUAUACACCUGUCAGCCACGGGUGUGGCUAAAAUAGCCGAGUCCACUAAUUUGAAGGGUGUCCACAUACCUUUGUAUACAUAGUGUAUGUUAGACAGGCAUGAUCAGAGUGUCACAUUCAGUUGAUGGAAGGUGGUAAAUUUCACUAAGGACGACUGAUACAAACUGGACAUGCAUGUUCUCAAUCCUGCUUAUAUUUUCUCUGAUCAAUUCAGAUUGCGGUGCACCUGCUCAAUGCCACGGUGCAUGAGGCUGGAUUUGUUGAUUUAUAUCAGUAUGGCCAUGUGCACAUGCAUACAAACUGUGUGGUUUUCAUCAAGUUCCUCAUUGACGGUGCAAGGGGAGGAUCUUUCUGUUUGAGAACAUUCUAAACAUUCCAACCUCUUCUGUCCUACACCUUACUGUGAUAAAGAAACUGUAAUAUUGCUGUUCAACGGCAAUAAUAUUCAGUGAUAUUAAUACCAACAGUAUUAAUUAACAGUUGAUUACAUGAUUACAAUACUGUAUGUUAUGAGUGUGUUUUACCCAUUGUACAUAAAGGAGGGAUGAGUGGAAGGGAGAGGAUAAUGAUUAUUUACCCAUGAUUACACUCCUAAACAUGUGCAGGACCAAAACAGACGGCUGGAAUAGAAAACCAACCACUGUGCAACAUUUCUGGUAAAUAUGAAAAGCCAGAAUCGUUUAUUUGAAUAAAAAAUUUUACAUACAAAA